GCAUAAUGAACAAGCACCGUUCGGCACGUGCGCUGUCACGUGUAUUGGCACACUCCUUCAGCUCCGCCACCGCCACGCCGUCGGUGCCGGCGUUUCCUCUGAAGCAGGUGAUCAAAUCGAACUUCGAGCCGGCGCUAGCUGAGCUGCGCAGCCAUGUCCGAGCUGCGGAUUUCGUCGCCAUCGACCUUGAAAUGACCGGCGUCACUAGCGCGCCGUGGCGUGAGUGUUUCGAGUUCGACCGCUCCGACGUCCGGUAUCUCAAGGUCAAGGACUCCGCCGAGAAGUUUGCCGUCGUUCAGUUCGGCGUAUGCCCCUUCCGCUGGGACUCCUCCAAUCAGUCCUUCAUCGCAUACCCGUUCAAUUUCUACAUUUUCCCACGGCAAGAGCUUAACAUUGAUGGUUCCUCUUAUGAAUUUCUCUUCCAGACUUCAUCAAUCGAUUUCCUGGCUAAGUAUCAGUUUGAUUUCAAUGCUUGCAUACAUGAAGGAAUAUCUUAUUUAUCCAGAAGACAAGAAGUAGAUGCACAGAAACGUUUUGAUUUGGAAUACGAGGGUGAGUCAUCUGUGACAUCCUAUAGUUCAAAAGAAGUUAGAGACGUGCCAUUAGUUAGUAUGGUAGACGUUCUGUUCAGUGAACGAAUGAGGAACAGAAUUAAUGAAUGGCGUGAUCGGCUAUUACAGUUUCAAAAUGGGGAAUUUCAAUGUCAAGGGAGUCCAAGUGAUUCCAAACAACAAUUUGAAACUCUUUUCUAUAAGAUGCGUCCAGCAAUUAGUCUGAAUGGAUUCACUUCUCAUCAGCUUAGGUUGAUUCAGCUGGUUAUUAGAAAGAAUUUCGAAGAUCUUUCAUAUGUUCGUUUAAAAGGUGAAAAUUGUGACUCUCAGCAUCUAAUAGUCUAUACAGACUCAAAGGAUGACAGAGAUUUGCUUAUGAAAGAAGUAAAUGAUGAACAUCGGAAACACGCAGUUGGGAAGAUCCAAGCUGCAAUAGGUUUUCGCCAUGUUAUUGACCUGUUAUCCUCAGAAAAGAAAUUGAUUGUUGGUCACAAUUGUUUCUUGGAUAUUGCACAUGUCCACAACAAAUUUGUUGGUCCUCUUCCGUUCGAAGCUGAAGACUUUGUUGCUUCUAUUCACAAGUACUUCCCUCACAUAAUUGACACCAAAAUACUACUGAAUACUCAUCCUAUACUCCAACAACGAAUGAAGAAGUCCAAGACAUCAUUAUCCUCAGCUUUCACCUUGUUAUGCCCACAUAUUGCUCUUAGUGUAAGUAGUGGUAUAGCAUCUGAUUCCUAUGUUAAGGUGGAGGCUCAAGUGGAUGAUUCAAGGUGUUCCAGCUGGAAUGCUGGAGCCAAGCAUGAAGCUGGAUAUGAUGCUUUUAUGACGGGAUGCAUCUUUGCUCAGGCAUGCAGUUAUGUAGGCAUUGAUUUUAAACUCCGUUUGUCAGCCGAAAACUUAGCACACAAUGAAAAACUCCAAAAGCACAUCAACCAUCUGUAUCUCAGCUGGACCAAUGCUGACAUUAUUGAUCUAAGAACUGGUAAUAAGGUCACCGAGACUUUGGAAUCCAACCCGAAAAGGCGGUUCUCCAACAUUUCAUUUGAGAGCAUUGUGUUGAUUUGGGGGUUUCCGUCAAAACUCAAGGCCAAGGACAUAAGAUGUUGCAUCACAAAAGCAUUUGGUCCAACCUCUGUAACUUCUGUCUACCACUUGGACGAAACUGCAGUUUUCGUCUACUUUUCUAAAACCGAUUUUGUCUCCAAGUUUUUCAGCUUAAAGAAAAAUCUCGAGAGAAGUAAUGAUGAUCCAAUUUCGGUUUUGAAUCCUCUCACUGAACUAUUGGAAGGUGGGAACACCUAUGCUGCUGCGUAUGAAACUUACAAGGAGAUUUGCUCUUCCCCCAUCUCGAAACUCUUAUUUGCAGAUCAAGCAGAGGCAACUCGUUCUAAAUGGAAGACCAAAAUGGUAGAGUCUGAGUUAGCAUUCGAAAACUCGAGUUCAAAAAACUCAACUAAGGCUGCUUCAGAUUUGAAAAGUGAGUCAUUUUUUGGCCAAAUCUCGCGUGAUGAUGAUGAUAAGAUCAUCAAUUCUUUAUAUUCAGCUGAAGACACUCAGCCAAGAACUAGUAACAUGAGGUUGACUCGAAACUAAUUGUACCCAAUUCUUUUAAUAACAUCUUCAUAUAGAAUCUGUAACUAGUGUUGCACACAAGGUUUAGGAUUGAACCAACCCACUAGGAGAAGCAAACGAAAUCGAAACAUGGGUUUUUCUCUUGGCAGUUAAAUUAGUUGUGUACGUAACACUUGUGUAUGUCACAUAUGAUUUAAUAGAUUUAAACGGCUGUGAUCAUCCCACCAUUUAUUUGAGUUGGAAAAAAAAAGAGGGCUCUUUUGCAUAUGAGUGAAAUAGGCUUGUAUGAAGGAAAACCAGAGAAAGUGGGUUUUGGGCAAGUAAGUAGCCAUCAUUUUCAUAAUUAUUGAAUAUGCAUUAGUGUCAAAGUGCCUUCAGUGGAAAGUUUCAGAUUGUAUUACAGUGAGCUGUUGCUUUUACUUAUUAAGGGCAUUGCCAUUUCUUAGGUCUGCCUCUUCUUCAUGAGGUGGGUAUA